UUCUAUCAAAUAUUGUCUGGCCGUACUAUUUAAAAAAAAAAAUCUUUAUUGCGUGUGGUGUUUUAGUUCAGCCUGUUGUUUAUAUCAAGACAAGCUGCUAGUUGAGGCAAACGUUUUUCUUGGAUGUACUGGAUUAACGUGGAUAUCUUGAUUCAGGAUUAUUGGGAUUAAAAAUAACAAACUCUCCUUUCUGUCAGCGGCUUUGUGCGUUUAGAAGUGUAUUCUGUUCUGGAUAUAACCAAGCAUAAAAAUUGAUUUUUCAAAGACCUGGCAUGCCCCUGACUUCACCUGAUGUCGCACCUGGAAGCUGAUGAGAUCGUUGACCCCACUAGGGAUAUCGUAGUCUGAUACCAGACAUUGUCACUGAUUGUGUAUGGACCUUUAUGUGAGUUGUGGUCCAGUGUAAUGGAGGACAGCCCCCACCAACACGACAUCCCUAUCUGGUUUAACGGUACACAAAGAUGGAUGACGGGUCUGACGAAGCGCACAACUUGUGAUGACAUCAUCUACGCCAUUUUAUACAGCACAGGCCUGCAUGAGUCAGAGUCGACGGACAAUUUCGCGAUUUUUGAGAAAUGGCGGGAAGUAGAGCGCCCCCUAUCGGCUAGGACGAAGAUCUUGAAGAUCUGGGCGACAUGGGGUCAAGAUCAGGCCAGCGUCCAGUUGAGCAUGCGCAGUCUAGACGACUACUUCCUUCCCGGGGAGUCGAGCCUGUACCUGAGGAGUCGCAGGCGUCACCGCAAGACCAGCAGACACAAGGGCAGACACGGCACUAGCUGCAGAUGCCACAACAAGCGUGGCUGUGACGAGUGCUCACGCCUCAAGCCACUGGAGCAGCUGGUCAAGCUAGUGGUCAGCCACGAGAGGAAGAUCCAGUCCAUCAAUGACCGGAUCUACGAGACGGACCGCCUCAUCGACCGUCACGAGUCAAAGAUCCACAACCACCGCGUGCAGCAAAACGGCAUGGACUACGUCCAGAACUCCUACCUCAACAGCCACAGCAGCGAGAGCAGCAGUAGCCUCGACUGCUUCAGUAGCCUUGACCUUCGUGACCUCAGCCAGAUCUUCCCAGAAUCCUCCCAGCACGAGCUGGAGGAGAUCUCGCGCCUGUCUGACGACCUGGCCCACGUGGAGCGCCGGCUGGCCGAGGAGAUGGCCAAGAUACAAGAGAUACAACCGGAAGUCGAACGUUUAUCUGGCCAGCUGGGGCUGGAGUCCGCCAUGGAGGGAGAAACAGACGCAGAGCUAGAGGACACGAGAACGGAGAUGAUCCGGGCGGUGACCUUGCACGUGACCAACGAGUACAACGAGCGGGAGCUGGACAGGAAGAUGGACGUCUGCCUCCACCAGUUGGAGCAGAAGGCGAUCUUUGAGAGCUCGCUUGUUCAGGAGCUGUCACAACUCCAAGAAAGACUCGGGGUCAAGGACAUGACCUUCACGGAAGUCAACUGGCCAUCCAACCAGGAGAGGACCAGUUCAGAUCACCCUAGAAGACCCAGCCAUGUUCUAGAACACUCGCCGCCCCAACACCAGACCAGAACAUUCGCCUCAGCAGGACCCGGCUCAUCCGAACAUUCUAACCUUCCAGAAUAUUCUCCACCUGACCCUUGUGGCCUUGACACAUCUGACGGAGACUAUGUCAACCUGCGGGUCCUGGGAACUGAAUCGCCGGCCAGCGCCGGCCACGUUGCCGGUCGUCCUGCCGGCGGUUUUCCUCAGAAAAAAACCGUGACGUUUUCAGACACGAUAUCAGAACGAUUCCACCCUCCCAGCAUAGACAGUGGUCAGUCAGACGCGCCGGUCUUUGACCCCAGCAGGCCGGUCUUUGACCCCAGCAGGCCGGCCAGAACUUCAUCCAGUGAGACGGCACCAGGGGACACAAGCAGACGACAGCAGCUGAAGGAGGAUGUCGGCAGAGAUGCCCGACCCCCCGUCAGGAGGGCACGGGACGGCAAGCCGCCGCCAAUCAAAGCCAGGUCCAGGUCGGCAGACAGACCGUACGCGCCGCCGCGGGACCCAGGACUGCAACACACGGAGGGUGUCAACAACAGAGUUCCAAGUCUGGCACCGCACAGCGUUCAUGUGGUCAAUCAGUACGGUCUAGAGACAUCGCACCCUACCAGGGGACGCUACUCUACCACCCACGAGCACAACACUGGUUAUCUAUCAGAAACAGAUCCAAUAAAGGUUGCUUCAUUCACGACAAAUACAAAUAUCAGUAACACAUUACAAAGUCAUCCACCGCAAAUUUUUAGACGACCGCAACUUUUGACUACGUCACAGAAAACUGCACAAACUCCAUAUUCAAACACACAAAAUGGCGCGGACUUUGGUCAGCCUAGACCGACAACCUCGCAGUCCGGCGAGAAACAAUUGACACCGGUGCCUAGAAACAACAGCGCCAACUCCGUCACCGGUCAAACACAGCGCCCCACAGGCACGGGGGAUAAUCCACGAGUGAGAACUUUAGUCAACACCGAGCCAGCUGACCAUAGCGACCAGUCGCUAGCCUUACACGGCCGUCCCAGCAACGGGCAGCCCUGCCUGGAUGGUCACGUGUUUACACGCGGCAUUAGCGAGCAGCAAAGGUUGAGGUCAAACACACAGGACAAUGUCCAACAAGUGACGUCAAACGGCCCGAUUGGCAGGCGGCUGACGACGGAUGAACGGACCAGGCUUUACACAAACCGGGAUCAGCUGUGUGUCCACACACCAGCGGCAGUUCAAAAACAGGAAUCUGGUCCGCAGUCUCCUGUUGAUUCGCCCGGCCACCAAAACAAAUCUUUUUUAUCAACACGGGAUAAUACUCAUAGAGGGAGAGAUUCCCACCUCAACCCUCACCCGCAUUCUUCCCGUCCUCUAAAGUCAGAGAGUCAGUUUUCCGGUCAUGGUUUUAUAAAUAGUAGCCAAUCAGAUGAGAGAGAUUUACACAACGUCAACCACAAUUCAAGGUACGUCACUCCAAGCGCGGGGCGAGAAACACAAGGGAAACAACUCACAACAUUGUUCAACGGUCGUCGGGAAUCUAUGGGGGCUAACUUGAGCGACGCAUCGAAAAGUUUAGUGACUGACCGUACCUGGUCAGAAGAUGACGACGUUUUUAUCAUCGAGCCAGCUAACCAUAAGCCUUUAGCAACUCAAAACGGAAUUCAUUUACAAAGUUCAAGGUCAGUUAAGUCUAGCCAUGACGUCAUUAAUCAGUCUAGCGGUCACGUUCAUGCUAAAGAUUUGAACGGAGCACAGGUCGGCGCUGAUAUAUCGGAGCGUGGAGCUUUGUACCAUAUAUUGUCCAAUAAAAUGAACAAAAGUGGGAGCCCCUCCCCCAAAACUCAGUCCUCACCUGUUGGGUUGUCAACACAGCUGGGACAAGUUCCCCUUGGCAACCACCCAAACUUGUCGCAGAACAGUGUCUGGGAACAACCAUCUGAAGACACCAGACCCCAGCGAGCCGGAGACAAACACGGCACAAACAACGGUUCUGCUCUAGUUAAGAACGGCUACUCAGCUCAAAACGGGUUUACAAACUCGACAUCAACACUCCCUAGCGGUCGACAACCACCCCACCCCCACCACGGCCCACACAAUGGCGGAUACCGUUUCGAUCAGGCCAAAUUUCAGCUGGACAGUCGAAAUGGAUUAACCAUGUUCAUCGACUCCCAGACUAGCAAUGAACAGGCACUCAAUUUCUCUCGGAAACCUAACGGAAUAUCUAGCAACGGGGGCGUAAUCAGCCACCAAAACACGUACCCAACUACUGAAAAACACGUUGACAAUCAAUAUCCAAGUAACCACAACUCGUAUUACUACGCCAAAACUCAGGCCUCAGAGAGUCAACACAAUCAGACCAGGUGGUUCAACACAGUUAACCUGAAAGAAAUUCCCGUGUUAAACAACAGAGAUCAGCUAAAACACGUGCAUGCCAGUCUGAUGCCCACUCACAUAGGCGGGCAUGGGAAAACGAAAGUAGAGGACAGCAAUGAUUCAGAUACCGGCCUAAGUUCAAUGCACUCGGAUGAGGCCACAAACAUGGAGACACUGGUUUAGCUGCGGCUAGUCAUUCGGUGUGUGAGUAGAAUAUGGUGCUAUAUGGAGACAAUAUUAUACUAUGACUGGGGACGUGUGUGUGUGGGCAGUCAAUCGGUGUGUGUGGAGCAUCUGGUGCUAUAUG